CACACGGAGUGAGCGCACGAGCGCCGUCGCUCGCUCUGCGUGGCCGUUCCUUUGUUUACAAGUAUUUGUUUUGAGUCUCGAAUGUUAUGAUCGGGGUUGAGUCGGUCGGGCGGAGUGAGCGUCGCAGGCGCGGCUGACAUGGAGUGGCUGAAGGGGCUGGCUCGGCGGCGGGAGGCCCCGGGCGCGGGCGCGGACGACGCGCUGGAGACGGCGCAGGAGCGGCGCGAGCGCUGGCGCAGCGUGUACGUCAUGUACUUCACCAUGUUCCAGAUGUCGCUGGGGUUCAGCAUCGUCCUCACGGGGGUCUGGCCCUAUCUGGAUAAGCUGCAGCCCGGCUCGAGCAAGGAGGCGCUGGGGCUGGCCGUGGGCGCCAGCCCGCUGGGGCAGCUGGCCGCGUCGCCGCUGCUGGGGCUGUGGGCCAACCGCGCCCGCAGCUCGCGCGCGCCCAUGCUGGCCACGCUGGCGCUGUUCGUGUUGGCGUCGGUGCUGUACGCGCAGCUGCACCUGGCGCGGCCGCACGCGCAUCACUGGAUGCUGGCGGCGCGCGCGCUGGUGGGCGUCAGCUCCGCCAACGUGGCCGUGGCGCGCGCCUACCUGUCGGCGGCCACGCUGGCGCACGAGCGCACGCGCGCCGUGGCGGGCGCGUCGCUGGCGCAGGUGCUGGGCUUCGUGGUGGGGCCGGCGCUGCAGGCCGCGGCCGCGCCGCUGGGCCCCGGCGCGCCGUACGCGCCGCCGGGCGCCGCGCAGCCGCCGCUGCGCCUCGACAUGUACACGGCGGCCGGCUGGGCCAACGCGCUGCUGGGCCUGCUCAACUUCGUGCUGUUCCUGCCGUGCUGCUUCACGGAGCGCAAGAUCGCGGCGCGCGAGGCGAUGCAGCAGCACGGCAAGCGCAGCGAGAAGGAGGCGCUGCAGGCGAUCGCGCCGGACUACGUGAGCAGCUGGACGCUGGUGGGCGCGUUCUUCGUGCUGGUGUUCAACUUCGUGCUGCUGGAGACGCUGGCCACGUCGCUCACCAUGGACCAGUUCGCGUGGAGCAAGCGCCAGGCGCUGGAGUACAUGGGCGCGCUCAUGAGCGCCGGCGCGCUCGUCGCCUGCGUCGUGUUCGCGCUCAUCGCGCCGCUCACCAGGCUCUUCGAGGAGAGAGCGCUGCUGCUGUGGGGCGGCUUCCUGCUGACGGGGCUGGCGUCCCUGCUGUGCAUCCCGUGGGGGCCGGGCCCGCCGCCCCUCGCGCCCGACGCGCUCGGCGCGGACGCAUCGGGCGCGCCGGAGGCCGGCGGCGGGUGUCCUCAGCACUCGCAACCCUGGUGUGCGACCUCCCGCGGCCUGACCCUCGUGCAGUUUCUUCUGGGCUACUUAUGUGUAUCUAUUGGAUACCCUCUGGGAGUCACCCUCAUACAGACUAUAUUCUCUAAGGUGCUGGGCCCGCGGCCGCAGGGCGUGUGGAUGGGCGUGCUGACGGGCGCGGGCUGCGUGUCGCGCGCGCUGGGGCCCGUGUUCGUGGCGGCCGUGUACGCGCGGCGCGGCCCGCUCGCCACCUUCAGCGCCACCGCCGCGCUCACGUUCGCCGCGCUGCUGGCGCUGCGCGUGGUGUACGCGCGCCUGGCGCCGCCCGCGCCGCCGCCGCCGCCCGCCGCCGCGCCCGCGCACGAGCUGCAGCCGCUGCACGCCGCCGACCAGCCCGCGUGACCACAGCUCUACCGCCUUCGGUGCAAAGCCGGAUAAAGCGUUCGUUCUAAUGUUGGAUAGAUGCCGGUGCUACUUUGCCGACUAGGACUUUGAAAGAAUGAUGGUAAAAAAAACGAAUUAUGGCUAUUUUAGACACGAUAUCAAAAAUAGUGAACUUUUUCUUAUCGUUGUAAUUGUAUAGAGAUGAGGAAUGCGAAUGCUUUGUGUAGAUAGUAAUACUUGAAGUAGACAAAACUAUUGUAAGGCUUUUCCAUACGUGAGCUCAUUUAAUUAUUCAAUAAUAAGUUAAGAUAAGACGUUUAAGAUAAUAUUAUUUAGUUCAAGAGCAACGAAUUUUAGAAUAAUUUUAGACAGAGUGAUGCGCGAUUAUAUCAAGAGUCUGGAAAUAUUGUGUAGGGGCUCGCAGACAAGACUGAGUGAUGGCUGUGGCUGUGUAUUCCUACGGUGCAGUGGGUGCGACUGAUAUGUAACACACCCACUGCUAAGCUAAUCCGUCGCCGGUGUUUUCCAACUUGGCUUAGCACACUGUCGUGUGUCUACACUCUGGACACAGAUGUGUGUGAAAAUGAGACACCUGUUAAUUCCUCGAUUUAAGGCGGAUUUAUAUUUGACUGACGCGACGACACGUGUCGUGUCCUGGCGUGAUGCCUAGCGUUUACAUUAAUAUGUCGUGUUCUGACGCAUCAGGAUAAUAUUUAGAAUCAAUCAAAUCAUUUACGUAAAUAAACAAGCGAUACGACUCUGACGCGUCAUAACAUAGCACUGAGGUGCGCACAUUAAUGUGACGUGUCGUGAUGGCGCCGAUUCCGUGCCCCCCGCAACCCGCAGCUCUGACGCGACACAUCAGAAGCCAUCACAUCACGUCAUAACACAUCAAUGUAAACGUUUCCAUACAAAAUGUAUGAUACCGAUUCAGUUCUGACACGACACGUCAGUCAAAUAUAAAUCCGCCUUUAUUCUCAUGACUCAGUUGUAUGUCGUUACAUCGCUCACUACAAGGUGUCUGACUUUCAUGACAUUCUGUGUAGGACGUAGGUAUAAGACAACUACUUUACGCUCAAAAACCUUUGGUUGGAGAACUCAAACUCAAUACAGGUAAUAUUAUAGGUACCUAUGUAACUUGUGAGUAUAUUGUUUUAUAAGAUAAUAGUAUCAUCAAAUAUCAUCAUCAUCAUCAUCACGAUCAACUCAUCGCCGGCGCACUACUGAGCACGGGUCUCUUCUCGCAAUGAGAAGGGUUGAGGCCACACUCCGCCACGCUGGCCCGGGGGCGGAUUGGCAGAAUAUAUUGUUAUAAAAUAUUAUUUUUGCUAAGCGGAAUCGAUUGUUGUACAAAUAGGUACCUAAUUUUAUAUUUUUAGAAGUUUACAUAAUUUAUUAAAUGCGUAUAUUUGUAUAUAGCGGUGAAAUGUUAUAAUAUCUGUAGUAAGUAUCUGUUAUUAUUUAGACUGAUCGAGAUGAAACUAUUGUGUUGGUAUUUUAAGUGUGUUUGCAUCCAGCGAUAUUAGAUAGAGAUACAGAGACAGCCGCUGGAGCGCGUCAGACGCGAGGCGCGACCGAAGCGCUCCGCGGCUCACCCACUGAUGAUGACGAUCCGGCGCGACUGAUGCGACUGACGCAUCAAUAUGAACAAGACCCCGACAAAUUGUAGUCGGGAUAGAGUCAUUAUUUCCAAAGAACAGCUUCCGAAGUCCGAUACAUUCGAAUCCACUAGUGACCAGGCUGCCCGAGACGCCUAAAGAGAAAAUGGAUUCUCGAUGUCGCUUCCUGAUCCAUACUAAUAUUAUAAACUAGCUGAUGCCCGCAGCUUCGCCCGCGUGAUUGGUCAAAUCCCCUGCAGCAUCAGGAUUGAGGAGUUGGAAUCCAAUUUUUUUAUGAAACAAUGUCGCA